AUGAGCCAGAGCUGCCCUAGACGCAACACAGAAGACGACGGAGGGACUUCCACUGGUGUUGAAGCCGUGCAAGAUCAAACCCAAACCGUAGGUCAUUCUGUUGAUCACAAUAAACACGACGACAGAGGUCACCCAGCAGCUCGUAUGCAAUCUCCGAGUACAAAAUCCUGGUCUAGUGAGAAUGAAGAGUUGUCCCCAAGAGCGUCGACCUAUUACUGCGACCUCUACACGACGGAAGGGUACGCACAAUCGACGCAUUGCGAUCCCACCUACCUGAAACCUAGCACACUGCGUACAACGGAAGCGAGGACGGCUUCAACUGUGACUGUCUUCCCAAGCUUCCAAGCUUCGGUCAAAGAAUCCAACCCAGAUUCGAGUUCAGAGUGGAGCGAUGUUGAUACUGACGUCGAACAGCGUACAACGAUGGAUUUGAAGAACCAACGCGGUAAGGGUCAGUCGUACAUCAAAAGGCUCAAAGAAAUCUACCGAGCGGGACCGCCAGGCGAGGGUCAGCUGCUCUGGAGAGGCUUGAGGGAUUAUUGGAGGGAAAGGCGGACAGGUGUAGUCUUCGAGAUGUAUCAACCUCACCCUACCGAUGAAAGCAGCCGUGUGCCCUCGCCGGAGUUUGUGGUGGAAGAGGAAGUUGCAGAUCCACGACAACGUCGUUCACCUACAGCGGCAUACGUCACCGGCGAAGGUGGAGGCCAGCGGAGACUACGAAAUGACUCUGUGGUAAGUUAUGGCGACGUCUCGCGCACAUCACGCGAAGUACCCAUCAAGAUUCGCCGAACCGUCUUGGAACUGGACACGAACAAAUGCCUGCCACCACAGCCUCCGUUGGGUGAUGCCCCUAGAGGACGUUCGCAGCGUGAUCAGGGUAGAGGAUUGGAUUUGAACAAGCCUCUGCCUCGGACGCCCUUCCCGUGCUUUCCCAUGCCACCAAAGCCCCCGGAAGGGAGUGAGGAAUCAGCUGUAGCGCCACCAUGGCCACCUACCUAUACAGCAACAGUAGGUUCGGAGUCAUCAGACUGUCAUAACAAGGUACCAAGUCAAGGUAGCCUGAAGCACGUGGCCCAGGAUCCGCAACUGGCCACACGGCUGCUCCGAAGCCCAGCAACCAGAGCCCCAGACGCCCAGCCCAGCCCCACGGGUACGUGCAAGCCAAGCGGAGCGGAGCAAGCGCACGACGUCCUGAAAGCCAAAAUCUCCGCACCUAUGCCCCCAUCACCUGCUGCUGUCGCUGGCGAUUUCUCCCCACGACGCCCCGCUCCUCAUCCAGACACGGCGAGCGAGAAGGCACGAGGUAAGCCAACGUCCCUUUCCUCGGCUAUCGGGCUCGACAGGCUUGCGCAUCCUGCACGGCCUUGGAUGCCUUGGGUGCUUCGCGCUACGAAGCGGCUGGCUUUGGAGGAAAGCUUCACGUGCCAAGGGGUGGUCGAGGGCCUGGUGUGUGGUGCAUGCACGACUGAAUCGGAACGGGAUGUGCGCGAGGAUGGGGCGAGGAUGGGGCGUGAAGAUGAGAUGCGGCCUGAGCCGCUGUUCACGGGAGGAAUGUUUGAUGGGAGUUACUGUGAUGUGGAGGAUGGGAAGGCUGAGGAGAGGAAAACGGGUAGGUGGAUAUGA